AUGGACGGAGAUAUGAUCGGUCCGGGUCCGUACAGGGCAACAAAGCUGUGGAAUGAAACCAUCAAGCUUUUUCGUGGAGGGAUGCCACGAAGAAAACACUGGGCUCAUUUUCGGUGCUAUGAUAACAGCUUCACUGGUUCUGCAGCUGUCGAUCAUCUCCAUGAACUACUGAGGCGUAACCAGAACUUUGGGCCUGAGGUAACGCGCUACCAGUCUCUUCAACUGCUGAGGAAGUUUCUUAAAAACCAUGUCAUCGAAGAUGUUAAAGGACGCUAUGGUAAAGAAGACUUUGACGACAACGGACGUUUGUAUAGAUUUCCUCCACAGUCACCUCUCAAGCCUGUCCCUCAGCGUGUCCCUGUAUCACAGAGAAGCUUUAUUCCACCUGUCCUGCGAUGGGAUGAUUAUGAAGACAUGCCCACUAAGAUUCCAAUGAAGCCUCUCUCUUUGAAUUCUCAGUCAUGGAACAAAAGACACAGUAUUGCGAUAGGAGAAGUGCCAGAAUGUAAACUGAUUCGGAAAAGAGAGGUCACACCAAAGCACGUGGAUCAGAUAUGGAAGUCGAUGACAUUGGCUCAUUUACAGCGUGUUCUGGGGCUUCAGACUUUGGACGGGGUUCUUGAUGCCAAGCUCCUGAGCUCAAAACACAUUGUUCACAAUGUAUUCAGUGUCAACAAACAAGGCAUCGUCGUACUGAAAAACAAAGCAGAGGACUUACCACACUGGGUUUUAUCUGCAAUGAAGUGCUUAGCAAACUGGCCGAAUGGAAAUGACAGCAAUCAAACCAUCUAUCCUGGUUUUGAGCGAGAUGUUUUUAGAACAGUUGCUGAACACUUUCAGAGAUUAAAGGAGCCGCUGAUGACGUUCCAGUUAUAUGAAAUUUUUGUCAGCAUUCUGGGACUUUUUCCAAGUCAGCAGAUCGCGGUUGAAGCGCUACAGGUCUGCUGCCUCCUUCUGCCUCCUGCCAACCGCCGCAAACUGCAGCUGUUAAUGCGUCUGAUGACUAAAACCUGUAACAACCAUGCCCUUCCUCCUCUUAAUGAUGCCAUAGGAACACGCACACUGAUGGUGCAGACGUUCUCUCACUGCAUUUUAUGUUCACCAGAUGAAGUGGACCUGGACGAGCUAUUGGCCACCAAGCUGGUCACCUUCAUGAUGGACAACCAUGAGGGAGUACUGAAGGUCCCCGCUGAAUUACAGAGAUCUGUUGAGGAGCAUCUGUCCCAUCUGCGCAGGGCUCAGAUCAAGUAUGCCGGAGCUGACACAGACUCCACGCUGGAAUCUACACCGUAUGCUUACUGCAGACAAAUUAGCAAGCAGCAGUUUGAGGAGCAGAGAGUCACAGGCUCUCAGGGUGCAAUAAUAGAGCUUUUGGAAAACAUAAUUCAUGAUAAGGCCAUGUCCAUAAAGGACAAGAAGAAAAAACUUAAACAGUUCCAGAGGUCACAUCCAGAUAUCUACCGCAGGCGCUUCCCUACACCUGAGAGUGAAGCUGCGAUUUUUCCCGAAAGGCCUCAGAGGCUCAAACCCCAGCUGAACUUUUUUGCCAUAAAGAAGAAUGCUUUGCAGCCUUUCCAGAGAAGCUGGAGCUUCCGUGCCUAAACCAAUGGCGUGAAUUGUUCUUCGUUAAGUUUUCAUGUACUGGAAAAAAACAGUCCAGACCAGAAGAGCUCACUGAUGGUUAUCAGCAUACUGCUGUUGGAUAUGGAGAUGAAAUGGUUUGUUUCACAUGAACACAAGAUUCAGUUGGUUGGCAUUUCAAUGAACAAUGGGCAGCUAAGAGAAGUAAAUUUAAGUU